AUGGACAUCUACUUGAGGCUCUCGAAAGGGAAAAGCCUUGGAUGGGGUGCAGAAAACUUUACUUCCAGUACAGAGUUCAUUUUGGUGGGGCUUUCAAGUGACCCUAAGAUACGGAAUAUACUCUUUGCUGUCAUUCUCCUCAUCUACACAUUUACCCUUCUGGGGAACCUAGGGGUCAUCAUGCUGGUACUGGCAGAUUCCCAUCUCCACACACCCAUGUAUUUCUUUCUUGCAAACCUUUCAGGCAUGGAGAUCUGUUAUGUCACCAGCACCAUACCCCAGAUGUUGGCUCACCUUCUAACAGGACAUGCAGGCUUGUCCUUAAUCCGCUGUGCGUUACAAAUGUAUGGAGCUUUAUCUCUGGGUUCUGCUGAAGCACUUCUGUUGGGCGUCAUGGCCUACGAUCGUUACUUAGCUAUCUGCCAGCCGCUGAUUUAUGCCACUGUCAUGGGAAGAUGGCGCCAGUUACAACUUGCCUCAGCUUGUUGGGUGUGUGGUUUUCUGGGUUCUGUAAUAUGUGUGUUCCUCACUUUUAGCCACCCCUUCUGUGGCUCUGGCCUCAUCAACCACUUUAUCUGUGAACUGCCGAUGGUGUUGAAACUCACGUGUGAUGACACCCACAUCACAGAAAUCAUCAUUUUUUUGCUUGCAGCAGUAGUCAUCUUUGGACCGCUUUCAGUUAUCUUAACUUCUUAUGGGCACAUUCUUUUCUCCGUGUACAAAAUGAGGUCAGCUAGAUUGCGCAAGGCCUUCUCGACAUGCAGCUCCCACUUAGUGGUAGUCAUUUUGUACUAUGGCACCACCACCUUUAUCUAUAUCAUACCCCGGUCUGAAACAUCUCCUGAUAAUGAAAAGAAAAUUGCCAUGUUUUAUGUUGUGGUCACCCCUCUCUUGAACCCCAUCAUUUACACUCUGCGGAACAAGGAUGUCCAUGUGGCAAUGGCCAAGGUGGUGCGAAAGCUGGGCUUUGAGCAGUAA